CGCGUGCGCGAGAGAGGGACGGGUACGCGGAUACAGAUCCGUCGUGUCGGUGGCCGCUGCGGCAAAUCUGCGGCUCUCCGCGGCCGAUCGUCGAAAGACGGGGAAAGCGAGUGAUCGAAUCGGGAUCAGGGCACCCGGCCUGGAUUUGGGUGCCGGCCGCGCUUCUCGCGAUCGUCCGAUCGGUGUCGCCCGGAGUGUUUCUCUCGAGCAGAUCCAAGACUCCGUUCCCUCCCGGAUGCCGAGGGAUGAUGAGGUGCUCCGAUGAUGGAGCGAUCUCCGCGCGAUCUCUGUCACGUCCCUCGCGCAGUCCCUCGGCAGAGAUCGAAUUUGAUCAGAGCGAUUUGUGCGGACGCCCGUUGUCGCCGCGGCUCCGCCGGCACGGAGAUUAAUUGAUCGGAGCGAAGAGAGGAAAGCGCGUUGGAGGACAUCGAUGUCAGUCGACGACCUCGUGGCGCAGGUGGGGGAUGCCCUCCCGUAAGAGCGAAUACGGAGAAGUUCACGGCGGAGAAUACGCGCGUGGUGAGGAGAAACGUCGUCGAGUGCGUGCAGCGACGUCGGAACGCAUCGCCAUUUGUUUCGGAGGAGGAAAGAAGCGAUAGAGCGUUCGGUCCUCCGUCUUCCGACGCCGAGGACAGUCGUGUCCGCGAAGAUCGCUCGUCGUUCCCAAUUGAUCUCUCGGCGCGCGAUCGCGGCGUUCGUCGUCAAUCGGCGAAGUUUACGAGAAAUCGCUGGACCGAGAAGCGGAAAGCUGCGGGAAGAACGGCUGCGCGACAUGGAGUCGAUGGAAUUUCGAGGGUGUGAGAACACAGUGUACGCUCGUCUUUAAGGUCGGUGGGAGGCUGUAAGCGGUCCCGUGAUUGGUUAAACGCGUCCGCGGGAAUCUUUUUCGCCCUGUUACAUGCGCUAAUUCGCGUUUCACGAGGCGAGUUUACGUGCCUGAGGUAAACUGAUGAGGGCCUGCGGUUGAUGGCCGACCGACAUUGCGUUCGUCAGGUCAGCCGAAGAUCGGGCCGACACCGUGGGAGAAAGGGGGACAGGCGGAGGAGGGGGGCCGAGGGGGGAUCAGUCCACCCCCUUCCCAGUUGAUCGGCCCGAAGCUCGGCAAUCGCGAUCGACAUCGCUUAAUUCGCGCCGUGACAAUCUUUACGAGCUAGAUGGACUCUGGUAAACUGGAAACUAUACCGCCACUGCCCGCCGCCAAUUCGACGGGAAACUUUCGCCCAACUCAAUUACACCGCAGCCGUGUCAUAUUCCGCGCCUGCGAAAGCCAACAGAAAGGUGACACCGACUUACUCUUUCGCCGCAACUAGGCUGCAGGCUCGUGUUCCAUGAAAGGGCCAAUCGUGAUACUACGGACGCUUCUUCGCGAUUAAUUUAUGAUAAGUGUAGUAAGCCGCCUGGUGUGGAUUACGACGCGCGCCGACGGAGAGGUGGACGGGGAGAGGGGGUGGGAAAGAGAGGGUUGUUAGUAGCCCCGUUAGCGGAUUCAGCAAUUAAUAUGGCGAGACAGGCAUAUUCUCGUCGUUGAUUAAUAUGCUGACCGCAUAGAGAGGAGCACCGAGGCAGGAUUUAAAAUUCAUAUCGCUCGCAUAAUCGAUAGCUUGUCACGCGCGCUCUCUUGCUGAUUUCAACUCCACUUAUGUGAGCGGCAUAUUAAAUAAACAGAGUCGUGCGAUCGUCGCGGGAGACUCGUCCCGGUGUACCUCCCCACGCGAAUUAAGUCGCGGCGGCAGUUAUAAAGGAGAGUGGCUGGCUGGCUGGCUGGCUUAAGAACCGCGCGCGCGCUUAUGGCGCUCACUUAAUCAGGAUGAGAUCUGAGAAUUCGCUGACAAUGCUGCUGGUGCGACGGAACCCGGCGAACUGGUCUGCAAAAUGAAUACUCCUGAGGGAAACAAUGGAAGCGUCCACGCGAGCAUGACGGCCUUAUUCGGUGUCGCGGACGGCACGCUUAGACGGCCAGAAACGAGACCUUCCAGUCGUCAGUGAAACGAAGAAGUGUCGUCGUCAUCGUCAUCGUCGUCGUCGUCGUCGCUCUGUUGCGGUGGAGCCAGCUGCCUGUUCUCGCCUCGAGGCGAGAAGAGGAUCGGACGGGAUCAGCAGAUAUCGGGUAGACACCGAUAAAAGGACGGUGUUAUGUUAGUGACAAGGCCUCACCCUCUAGGAGGGCGCAUACUACUCGCCCUCUUCCUUUUAACGGGGUGUUUCGCCUUGCUGUCACGGGCGGCCGCCUUCCCGGACUGGACCGACUGUCCCGCGGUGUGCCGAUGCAAGUGGACCUCCGGAAAGAAGUCCGCUCUGUGCCCGGACGCCGGCCUGACGUCGCUGCCGGCAUCCCUCGACCCGGACAUGCAAGUGCUCGACCUAUCCGGCAACAGGAUACCCGCUCUGCAAGCGGAGAUAUUCAAGCUAGCCGGCCUGGUGAAUCUGCAGCGGGUGUUUCUGCGUAACGCCGGCAUCCACAGUAUCCACGCGGACUCUUUCAAAGACAUGAGAAUACUCAUCGAGAUCGAUCUGUCGGACAAUCACGUGACGGUCCUGGAGCCGAAUACAUUCCUCGGGAACGAGCGCUUGCGCGUUCUGAUACUUAGCGGGAAUCCGCUCGGUACUUUGCGUAAUCUACAGUUUCCUAUGCUGCAACAUCUGCGGAAUCUGGAGCUGCAGCGGUGCUCUUUAACCGAGGUACACGGACAGGCUUUCGCCCAGCUAGCCGGUUUGGAAUUCUUAAAGUUGGACACUAACAAACUAGAGUAUUUGGAAGCCCCGGUGAUAUCCGGCUUGUCUCGGUUGAAAACCUUAACGCUGGAUGGCAAUCAGUGGAGAUGCGAUUGCAGACUGCGAGAUUUCCGCACCUGGCUUAUCCCCGACACACCCAGCAAGCUCUACUCCGCACCGCAGAUCUGUUCAAAUCCACCAAGACUGCAAGGCCGCAGGUGGGAGGACGUGAAAGCUACGGAAUUCGCCUGCGAGCCAAAAGUAUUCGUUCUGGCGAGCAGCAUACAGGAGGAGACCAAUGGUAAUCUCAGUCUGGCGUGUCGAACGAGCGGCGAUCCCGAGCCAGAAGUUUGGUGGCAACUAAACGGCGGACCGGUCAAUGCUACGAAAUCGACUGAUCAACCUUACAUGGGGACUCUCGUUGUUUACACAACGUCCGAGGCCGCGAUACCUUCCAACGACAAGUCUGCGUCCAGAACAGUCGCGGACCGAUGGAGCAAUCUGACCGUUUACAAUGCCAGCGACAGCGAUGCCGGCGAAUACGCCUGUUUUGCGAAGAAUAUCGCCGGUCUCGCGCGAGACGCGGUCAACGUGGCGAUACCUCGCGUCUACACGGCCCCGACUCUCUCCCAGAGCGACAACUGGCUGCUUUGGGUGAGUCUGGCCGGAGGCGGCGCGGCCGCCGCGUGUGCUUCCAUCUCGGCCAUACUGCUGGUUCUUUGUUUGUGCGGCGGAAGUCGACGGCAGAGCAAACGCGAGAAAGUGAAGCUGCAGAGCAGCGGCAGUUUCGGCGACCAGGAGAAGAAGCUGCUGGAUCUGUCCGUGACCACCACGACGCCCGGCAACAGCAACGACCGCGGCAGCAAUCACGACAGCCUCGGCGAGGCGUGCAGCACCGGUGACCUCGAGCUGGCGGAGCGCGGCUCCAUUUGCGACCCGAUGGCCGCGGCCGCGGUCACCGUCGAACGAUUGCGACCCGCGGACAGCUCGGUGAACGCCAUUCGCGCGGUCCCGUGCGCGGCCGCCGCCGGGGUAUUUCCGCCCCCACCGCCGGAAUUUACCACCGGUGUCCUGCCAGCCGGGAUCUUCGGCAACAUCUUUAUCUCCGUGUCGCUGCCGCAGGAUGCGUCAUCGGAGCGCUGCUACCCGGACCUCCUCGAUAUCCCCGUCCACGCGGUCAGCGGCACCACGGCCACCGUGUCGGCCAGCAGCAAGACCGCGGCCUUGUCGUCAGCGGCGAUCAACGUUUCUAGCUUCGCCACGCUGCCGCGCCGAGCCUUACGCUCCGCCGAGGUCGCCGUCGGCUCGCCUUACGACAAUAUGGGGCCGCGCAUCACGGCAAACGGCAGUUCAGCGUUCUCGCUGACGGACAUGACGGAUCUGGACCUGCGGCUGUCGCCGCCGCCACCGCCGCGGAUCAUUCAACCGCCGCACGAGUUCGUUUCCCUCUAAAGCAGCAACCUUCCUCCCACGCCGCCAUUGAUUUCGUAAUCGAUAAUAUUCCGCUAAUGGCGUUAUCCCAACAUACUGCGGAGCAGUAUGAUGCGGAGCAAUAUAAUAUCCAUUAUCGGCCGGGUAUUAUUGGAUAACAACAAUUAGCGCGCGGUAAUAUUAACCGCGUCAGGAAUAUCGCUCACCGAUCGACUCCUCGAGAAUGCACGCGAAUCGCUUCGAACGGGUGAUCCGUAUACGCUCCUCGGUGGAGUUUCAAAAAUAUGUCCAAUCAUUCACGUGUCGCAAAUUUAACAGUGACAUCAAAUUAGAAUCACAUUGAUUGAGGACUUUUGAUCCCGGCGUUAUGCAUUCGCUGGAUCAUUAAAAUGGACAUUAAAGAUUUUGCAGCGUCAAAUAUUGAUCGCAACUCUAGACUGCCAUUUAUAUCAAAUCAAAAUUUCGAAAUAUCAUUUAUUUAUAAAGAUAAGUUACAUAAUAUUUUAGCAAUUAAAAGUUUUAUCGUUAAAUGUCAAUAUUAAUUGUGUCGCUUUUUAUGCAUCUAAUCUCUAUUUGUUAUAUAAAUUAUAUAAAAGACGAUAUCAAACUCAAUCAAACAUCUGAGUAAUAAUCAAAUGCAGAUAUAACUUGAAUAUUUAAAAGACAUCGUAAAAGUGUCUUUGAUAUUUUUUCAUCAUCUUCUGGAUUUCCGUACUGCGUUUAGAAAAAUAUAAUGAGUAUAGCAUAUCUCUAAGUAACUUCUCGAGUAUUUCAUUAUACAUUGACACAAGAAAUAUGUAAACAAUUUCCAGGAAAUGGUCAACAUAUGUCGAUGUACAAUGGGUGUUUUCCAUUCACAUAAUUUAUAGUCUACUUGUCUCGAUUUAAAUUAGCAUAAAUACGAUAAAUGGAAAAAGUUAUCACGCGCGGAAAUUAGUGCACUUGUAUACACAAUAUGUAUAAUGUUUCGAGCAACUUUUAAAAUGCAGAAAAUUAAUUAAAUUUUAUAAUAAUGAUAUAAUAGCAAAUUGCUUUAUAAUUCCAAUUGUAUUUUAAAUUUAUUUAUAUACACUCGAUUUAAUUAUACUCGAAACAUAUAUAAUAUUUAUAAAAUUCAAUCAAAGGGCUUGCGAACUAGCUGGAUGUUUGUGCUACCAUAAUAUAUUUCGAACAAUAAAAAUAAUAACAAACGUUUCGGCCAUAACGUUAUAUUAAGCGAACACUCUACUAAUUGUUUAUAAUAUUUAUUUUGUUUUUUGUAAUUUAACAAAUUUUUAGAUUUUUUAAACAGAUAAGUGAAGAUUAUUUGCUAAUAACAUGAUUAUUGACAAGUUGUCGGAAUAUAAUCGUUUAGGUCUCCUUUUUCCCUUUCCUUCAUCUUCACUAUCAACAGAAUUAGUGCGAGUCGAUUCGUGACAUGGACUAAAUGGGAAGCAAAAAUGACAGCUCGGACGAAGUCUUGUUAAUUGAUUUCUAUUACUGAAUGGAAAGCACUCAUUUUUGGUUGGCCACUUCGCAGAUCGCAUGAGUAGGUAGUUAUCAGCGGGUAGCUGGACACCCCCUUGGGAAAACGACGAGAGAAUGUAGUCGUGAUUAGACAUCUCCCGCGGGUGCAGUCGACAUGGUUCUUCCCAUGCAGCGCGAAUGCGGAGAAAGCGCCGAGAGAGAAAAUCGAUAUCACACCGUGUCGCGGUCGGCGUGUCACCGAGAUUAGUAUACGGAGCGUUCGAUCGAGGGGCUGAUAUCGGCCACGAUUGUCCGACCUAUCGAAUAUCUGUCUGUCUAUGCUUGUCUGCCUGCCUUGCCCGCUUGUCCGGCCAGCAGCUGCCCGCGGCCGCUUGCGCCCCACAAUGAAUGCGUGUGAAUGAUUGACGGGAUGCGUGAUGAGGAAACCUCUUAGGAUCUAAGUCUCUUCUAGUCUGCUAACAAUAACCCCUUCCCCGCGAAGCGAGGCGAGACUGUUUGUAUAUAUUUCACAACUACUUCUUCAAGACGAAUGGACCUUCGAUUAGCGCGAGCGAAUCGGCCGCGUCUCCAUUAUCUUCCCCUUCCAUUCAUUCUCCAAAGUGUAUCACUAGUUUGUUACAUAUUCUCUACGUGUGUACAUAUUUGUUAUUACAUCACACACACAUACACACACAUUCGUGUACUCCGCGCGACCUGGACGUUGUAAAAUCGAGCGCGCGCGCAUGCCGGCGCGUUAUACACGGAAAUAUUCAUUAUAAACACUUUGUCAAUUAAUAAAAUCAUUGAAUUUUA